CCGUUUAAUACUCUCCACAAGCCUCGUUUGAAGAAGGACAUGUCAUAGCGCUCGGGAAACACCGUGGAGGGGAGCUCAUUCCAUAGGCAGAUGGUACGUGGCAAAAAGGAUCUCUGGAAACGCACUGUGGAUGAACGUAGUGGAUCCAGGUAGUAUGGAUGAACUCUACUCAGGUGGCGGGCGGUAUGUAGAAGUCAAUUCCAUAGUUAAGAUAUUCUAAUAAAAAGGUUUGUAUUUGUAUUUAAUUCUAAGGAAUUCGGUUCGUUUCUGACCCAAUUAACGCUGACUAGCGAGUCAAUAUGAAUUGAAACAAUUGAUAUUUUGAACAAUAUUUUUUUUUCUACUGACAAAGUGUCAACAAAGAUGAGAAAGAAGACAAUAGUUCUCCGUAUUCUAAUCCGUCCUCAAUUCUGAAAAUUUCCCACAAAAUGUCUUCGUAUUAGUUAAAUUUGUUAACGUCUUAAAGGUAAUUACUUGUAGUGACAGUAAAUUUAAAUUUCAGGUUCUGUUUCUGAGCGAAGAAUAAGGGGCGGAAAUACUAUAGAUUCUGAUAAACCGUAUGCUGUUUAUCUGGUGAAGGCGCCACCGUCUCCGCAACAAUACGACUUCUGGGUGUGCGGGGGUGCAAUCAUCAGUAAAUGGUUUGUGAUCACUUCCGCUGCCUGCGUGUCGGAUGUUAAACAUCUGUACGUAAUAGCCGGAUACAAGAGAUAUGUAACAACGGAUAAAUUAAGUUCUGAUUCAUGUACAAAGGAAAUGAAAAAAAAGGUCAUACUGACCUGUGUGCCUAAAUCUUACGAGCUAGACUAUUUAAAGAUCAUAAAAUGGUCGUGGAUCGACAUUGCCAUUGUGAAAGUGGAGUCAGAAUAUGACUUCAACGAUGAAAAGUACACCCAAUUAUGUUCUUACAAGCCUGCGAUUAUAGACGUUAAUUAUGCAAGGAAAUACCAAGAGCCAGGCACGGACGCGCUUGUCCUUGGCUGGGGACAUAAAGAGAAGUGGCGUAAGCCAGAAGAUGUAUCCAAUUACAAUCAAGACACUUUGAACUACGCCCCGAUAAUGCUUCAAAAUAAAGAAAAAUGCACAGAGGCUUAUAAAGAUAUAGAAAGAAUGAAUAUUUUGAUAGACAAUUACAUGAUAUGCGCGGACGGUAAAGGGAACAUUAACGCUAAGGGUGAACAGAUACUAAAAGGGAAACCUGAGGCCGAUGGUUGUGCAACGAAUCCCGAAAAUCUGAAGGGUAUUUUAGAUGAUUCGUGUGAAAAGCCUUUCCAAAAUAAGGACCCUAGUAUUGUAUUGUUAAAUGCCAGAAAAAACAAUUCAGAUGAUAACAUUAGUCAGUUGGACACACGAAGGAACGACGAUGGCGCGACUGGGAUCUGUCAGAACGACCACGGCGGUCCACUGGUGACUUGGGUAGGAACGCAUGAGGUUUUAAUUGGUGUAGCAUCAGUGUUUAGGGUCGAUUCAAACUCCCAAUGCACAGGCCCGUAUUUAUUUACCAGCACAGAAUGUAAUGGCGCAUUCAUUGGAUGCAUUUUGAAUCAAACCGUUGCACGACGCACUGGAGUCUGCGAUCAGUCACCCAUCGAGAGAGGUUUUGAUAUAAUCGAAAAGAGUAUUUCCUGGAAAGGUCAUCCGGAAGGACCUGCUCAAAACGAGUUAUUAAAAAUGCGACCCCAAGUACCGAUCACUCAUUUUGGGUAAAUAAACAAAA